AUGACCCGUGGCUCCAUUUCUUUGUGGCUCCUCACCUGGCCUCGCAGGAUCACCAUUGAUGAAGAUGACCUGGAGAAGAACACCAAAAUCCAGGGAGAAGGAAAGAAGCUGACCUCCCGAGACAAGGCUCGCGUCACAGCGGGCGGAGAGUCCAGCGUGACGUCCCGAGACAUCUCGGUCGCUUGGACGGCGCCCGAGACCAACGGAGUGGAGCUGCUGCGGGUGGCCCGGGAUUUGAUUGCUGGUCCUAAUGAGUCGGUGGUGCGGUGGUGCCAGGCAGAUGUGAAGGAGACACCCUCCGAGCUGCUGGCCGUGGCCAAGGAGCUGCAGACCACCGCAGAGCUCGCGCGGCGCUUCGCCGUGGCAACAUUGCGACAGUGGAAGCAGCAAGGUGAUGGUGCCUUGGGCGAAGCUCCGGAUAUGUCUUCGCUGGAGCCCUUGUUAGAUUUGUUGUUGGCCAAAGCCUUGGAUGAGAAGGAGGAGGAGCACAUGAAGCAGUGCUGCUUACAAAGCCUGGAGGGGAAACAUUUGUUGGCCCAAAAGAGCUACAUCGACCUCAUCCAUGGAAGCAAGACCUGGGUCACUGGAGGCCUAUUGUAUAUCUCCAGCGAUGAACCGAAGGGCAAUGAACGAAUGUGGGGGCAGAAGUGGCGAAAGAUAGAGGACAAGGGCUCCUUGUUGGACAACGCGGCGACGCAAAAGGCCUUACAGAGCUUCAAGCGGUUGCUCUCCUUCCACGAGAAGGCGUCCGGCGUCCCAGUCUGA